GAACGGUGGAAACUAGUGGAAAGUGAAAAUGGUGACGGUGGCGGCAGGUCAUACUCGUCCUCUCCUCUACAACUAGGCGCUCAUGGCCGUGUGUUGGUGUCCGCGGGUGUGCUGAGUGGACAUGGAGUGAAGUGCGUGUGUUGGGAAAGCCUUAGCGUAGUGUUAAUGCAAGAUGGGUAACUGUUUUAGUAGCAGUAGUGGCGGUAAUAAGGAUGCCUCCAGUGAGACCAGAGUCAUCACACAGCCCAGUAAUCUUUUCCCGGAGCAAGUUCCCUCCCAGCCCAUAACCAGUCCCCAGAACAAUGACCCGACCGGGGCAACGCGCGGGGCGACAGACAACCAGGGGCUCAGUGGCCGCCCCGUCAAUGGCCUCAGUCCCUUGCCAUCCCUCCCUGACUCGGAGGGAACGGCAUCCACAUCAAAAAUAUUCGUCGCUCUGUAUGACUACGAUGCCAGGACAGACGAGGACCUGAGCUUCCGCAAGGGGGAGCACUUGGAGAUCCUGAAUGACACACAAGGGGACUGGUGGUUCGCGCGGUCCAAAGCCACUAAGCAGGAAGGGUACAUUCCCUCGAACUAUGUGGCGAAGUUGAAGAGCAUAGAAGCCGAGCCAUGGUACUUUGGGAGGAUCAAGAGGAUAGAGGCAGAGAAGAAACUGCUGCUGCCAGAGAAUGAGCAUGGGGCAUUCUUGAUACGUGACUCGGAAAGCAGAAGAAAUGACUACUCCCUCUCUGUCCGAGACGGCGACACAGUCAAGCACUAUCGCAUUCGCCAGCUGGAUGACGGCGGGUUCUUCAUUGCCCGUCGCACCACUUUCCGAACCUUACAGGACUUGGUGGAGCACUACAGUAAUGACGCUGAUGGCCUCUGUGUCAACCUCAGGAAACCGUGCAUACAGAUUGAGAAGCCAGUGACAGCCGGCCUGUCCCACAACACACGUGACCAGUGGGAGAUUGACAGGUCGUCCCUCAAGUUUGUGCGCAAGCUUGGCCAUGGACAGUUUGGCGAGGUGUGGGAAGGCCUCUGGAACAACACCACGCCUGUUGCCAUCAAGACACUCAAACCUGGCACUAUGGACCCCAAGGACUUCUUAGCGGAGGCACAGAUCAUGAAGAAGCUGCGGCACUGCAAGUUAAUACAGCUGUACGCAGUGUGCACGCUGGAGGAACCCAUCUACAUCAUCACUGAACUCAUGAAGAACGGCUCUCUCCUCGAAUACCUGCAGGGCAAGGGUCGAGGGUUGAAACUGAACAGCCUGAUAGACAUGGCAGCACAGAUAGCUGCUGGCAUGGCGUUCCUGGAGUCGCAGAACUACAUCCACCGAGACUUGGCGGCGAGGAAUGUUCUCGUCGGCGACAGCAACAUUGUCAAAAUAGCCGACUUUGGCCUGGCACGUCUCAUCAAGGAGGAUGAGUAUGAGGCCCGAGUUGGUGCUCGUUUCCCUAUCAAGUGGACGGCCCCUGAGGCAGCCAACUACUCCAAGUUCUCCAUCAAGAGUGACGUGUGGUCCUUUGGCAUUUUGCUCACUGAACUCAUCACCUACGGUCGCAUACCUUACCCUGGUAUGACCAAUGCAGAGGUGCUGCAUCAAGUAGAGCAUGGGUACCGCAUGCCCCCUCCACCUGGCUGUCCUGCAACCCUGUAUGACAUCAUGUUGGAGUGCUGGCACAAGGACCCCAUGAAGAGACCCACAUUUGAAACCCUCUCAUGGAAGCUGGAAGACUUCUUCACCCUUGACAACUCCGAGUAUAAAGAGGCCACUGUAGCCUACUGACCCUCAGUCCUGAAGCCCAGGUCUGGGGGCUGUCCUGAUGCAGAGCUGUAUCCUGCCUUCACCUAGAGUUGCUGCCAGACAUUGUGUGCAUGGUAAGACCAGUUUUGCUGCCUUGACAGAGAUGGCAUCAUGGGAAUGUGUGCUUUGCGUGGCUGCCUUGUGCUCUGGCUGGUGAUGAGCAGUGUGGCAGUGGUUAGGUAACUGGUCCUGAACUCUUAAUGCUGGCCUUGAUGUUCAGCAUACAGUGAGAGGUGGACCCUGUCAGGUUGAGCAGGAGCAGUAUGGUGUGGGAGUAGAAAGUGUUACUCCAGUGUGAACAGUAUACUCAUGUGCCCAAUUUAAGUAUUUUAUGGACAUUUUAAGCUGCCUUUGUCCCAGUCAACGAUAGAUAUGGGAAAUUCAUCCAAGACUAUAACCAUGCAAGGUGAAGCAUGCAUGCUUAUAUAGACUCGGAGGCAGCUACUGGAUAGAACUUGAAGGAAACAUGAUUACAGCAAUAGGACAUUGUGCUCCUCUACUGGACUGAGAGCAUGUACCUCUCAGUCAUGUAGAGGAGUCUGUAUCUUACGUGAAAUGUAUUGGUACUAAGAAUAGAGGCAGGAGGUAGUGACCCGACAGUCCCUAAGUGUUGAUUCGGCUACCCCUCCAUGCCUUGGACUGAGAAAAGUGUCACAUCACAGUUUAAAUCUUAGAAACCAUUUUUAUAGUGAUGGUGGUGUGUGGAAAACUUUUUUAAUGAUGAGAGGGAGCAGACAAUGAUGUUUGUAUAGUAUUUAAAAUGAAUUGCAGGUCAAUCAGAAAACUGCCAAACUAAGAGAAACUUUGUAGGUACGUAUACAUACAUACUGCAGAAAGUUUCUCUGUUGCUGUUGACUAAGGAAAGGUGUUUCCACAGCUGGUAAUCUGAGUGAAGUAUACAAGAAUUUAACUGUACUUGGUGACAUUUAUCAACAGGUGUCAGUUGUUGAGAGACAACCUGUGUAUGGUACUUGUGUCAAGCUUUUCACUGUUCUGCCAGACUCAAACUGUGAUUAACUGUAUGGAGCUUGAUACCCAAAGAGUCGCAACCUUUUACUCUACAGUGAAUAUUCAUUUUCAGUAUAAAUUUGCAAAUGUCACAAAUUUCAAUAGUUUGUCAUCUCAUGUAAUGCCUUAGAAUUGCACCAAAGAAUAGAUUAAAAUUUCCUUUUUUGGAAAUUGCUGUGGUGUGCAAGUAUAAGUGACUCAUCCUUUUUAUGCUCAACUUGUAAGGUGUGUGGCAGGUGGUGUUGUGUCUCUCUGCUGUGCCUGGGAGUGGCGGGCAGGUCGGGGCAGCAGGGCAGCGGCGUCUGCCCCACUGUCCCCCUGCCUUGGAUGACACACUGAGGGGAGCCAGAAGACAUGCUCGUGUCAGCAAACCUGCACAAUUUAUAUGACAUAAAACCGGUAAUUGUAUUUUGGCCUACAGUAUAUAAUGGGUAGAUACGUACAUGUCCUGAUGUAUGCUUUGGGGCAGUCAUGGCCAAGUCCACGGCCAGAGUGGACGGGAGUCUGAACAUGGAAAUUUAGGACCAUAAGUAGACUUUUCCAUUAAGUAGUCAUUAUUCUUGGUUUUAUUAUUUUUUUAUAUUUUUAAUAAUUUAAUAUUUUAUGUACAAUUCAGUGGAGCAGAGAAGAUUUUGAAAUUAAAAAAUUCAGUUUUAAGUGGCUUUUAUUGGCAUUAUUUAUUGUGAACACCAAAUUAAGAAUUGGUCUUUCUUAGUUUGAUGUCUGCUUUGCUCUGGAUCAGUUUCAUGUUUUGUGUUUGUUAUUUUAUUUUUUUUUUUAAGUCCAGUAACUUGUGUUAAUACUUUGUCUACUUAACAGUCUACUUCAUCCUAAGCAUGUGUGACACUGUAGCCAGCCAGCCCCUUGCCCCCAUGCGUCCCCUCCUCACCACUGCUGUAAUGUCUCUGUAGCUUGUCCACAACUCUCUUAAUUAAAUGCUUGGAAACGGGCGCUCAUUCCCAGUAGUGUGUGACUAUUGUGGCUUUACUGCAGCAGGUCCUUUGUAAAUUUGUAUAUAUUUGUAUAGAUUUCAUGUGAUUCUGUUUCCAUUUGUGUAUUUGUAAUACUUUGUCUUAUUAAGUGUAAGGGAAAGGUGUGGGAACCAACCAGUGAUUUUGUCUGUAUACAUCAUGCAAGGGUUUGGGAAUACUUUAAUAUGCAAUGUUUGUAUGGCAAAUACUAUCAUUGGUUCAACUUUUCAAAUAUUAUGGAAUGCAUAUAAUCUGAAGAACAAGACAUUUUUGCACCAGAUGAAUUUUUUCAGGAGACGAUAACAUUUCACAACAAACAGGUCUCUAAAAUUGUGACAAAACACCCACAGCCACAUAGUGUGUCAGGUUGUCUCACUCGUGCAACAUUUGUUCAACAAGCCCACACUUCCUGGUGCACAACCUUAAGUAACUUGUCCUGUGUGUAUCAUUUCAUUGAUUACUUCAUGUGAGCUUGGCCGUUCAUUGGUGAGGAAUGAACAUUGCUUGCAUGGGAAGUAAUGAUUAGUCCACUAACCUUGUUUAACCAUCAGCAUGUGAGUGAGUGAGUGAGUGAGUGAGUGAGGUGUGUGUGUGUGUGUGUGUGUCUGUGUGUGUGUGUGUGUGUGUGUGUGUGUGUGUGUGUGUGUGUGUGUGUGUGUGUGUGUGUGUGUGUGUGUGUGUGAAUACCUAGAUGAUUAUGGCCUUGUGAAUUCAAAAUUAAUUGUACAAUAUUAGGAAGUAACUACCUUCAUUUUUCAAAGAAGGCUAUAUUUUCCCUUUCUCUUAGAUAUUUAUAUAUUAAAGGAAGUAAUAUUAAAACUCAGUUAUGAGCUCUGUAUGCAAAAGCCAACCAUGAUGUAGAUACCUUGUGUUAGUUGUCUACUGGAGAAAAUAUUCGGGAGCUGUUCAGUUAAUCCUAAAAGCAGUUAGGUAAUUAUUUAUUAAUCAAAUCAAGGAAACUAAGAACUGGACUGAAUUGCUGGGAACUCUGAGCUGGCUUUGGUGUGGUUACAGUUAUAUAUACUACAGUAACAUUAAGAUUAUAUUUAGGCUUAUUAUCACAAAGGAAAAAUGAAAUGGGAAAUGUGCAAUUAUUCCAACAGCAACAUUAAAACCAAAAUUUGUUGAAGUAAUUUGUCAAAUCAGUAAGUCAGACAACCAGCAAAAGAUGUGGGAGUCAGUCAGCUGCUUGCGAUGGUAAAGGCAUGACAGGUGUGCACUGCUCUCCUGUGAUGUGAUCUUCAUUAUCAGAAGUAAUAAGACUCAUUUAGGAGAGUUGUAAUGCUUGAUCAUGAACUAAGAGGGAGAAUGUAUGGCUCAGCAUUAGUCUGAAGUGUUGCCAACACAAAGAAAGUCACCAAUGAUUCCUGUACAUGUAUGAUGACAGUAUUAGUGUGCCGGGUCUGUCGGGAUUUGCACAUUUCUAAAUGAACAUCCAAAAAAUGUUGGUCAGGUUUUAUAUAUUUUUUUAAAUUGGAAAACUUGUGCAUGUAUUCCAUGUGUCAGGAAGCUACAUAGUGUCCCUUCAGAUGAAGAAUAUAAUUACAGAGGCAUUUAAUUUGUAGUGCUAUAUGUAGUUAGCUUUUGUGGCAGUAAAAAGAUAUUUUGUAAUGGAUGAUUUAAUAUUUUCAGAUAAUUGUGGUCAUGAAGUAAUAUAAGCAUCAAUGAUUUAAUAUUUUCAGAUAAUUACAGCCAUAAAAUUAUCAUUAGCACUGUUAGGAAUGUGAAAUUAUAAAGCUGUGACGUCAUAAGCAUCCAGAAAUCAUAUUUAUGUGCCGCUAAAUUUAUACUUUAUAGUUCCAGCCACGUGUCUUAUGUGUGUGUAGGUGUGUGUGUCCUCCAGAGGUGCUGGUGCACUCCCGUGUCAUAACUCUAGUGUUGGUAACUGCUGAGUCUCCCUGACUCUUGCUUGCUAAUUACUUCUGUGGCCCAAGAUGAAGCCAUUUCUAACAUUUGUGAAUCAACAAGGAAGGGCUGUAGGCCCGUAGUCACUAGUGGGACAUCACUUGGCCCCGUCCACCACUUUAGGAGCAGCACAGAGUUACAUAGAUAGCGGGGUGCACACAUCACAGAGGUUAACAGUUGGCAACUUUGUCUGCCAGGUGUCAGCAGAAAACUGUGCAAAAGUGCCUAUGGCAUUUGCUCUUGGUCUCUUAGGGAAGUGUUUCUAGUGAUUCUUGGGAAGGAAAGCCUCUGUUUGUCCACCCCCUCAAUUUAGAUACAGGUGCGUUUCCUGAUUUAACACUUCUUUCUUUUAAUGUUAUCCAGCCAAUAGCUCAGUCUUUCCUUUGAUAGCCAUGAUGAUGUCCUUAACAUAAGGGUGCACUCACCAGCAAGGCAUUGACUAUACAAGCAGUAAUAAAUUAUGUUUAUUUUACUGAGAGAUGUUAGUUUUCUUUGCAGGUAUUUCAUAUAUUAGUAUGUACUGAUGUGAACAAUGACAGGAAAGUACACUUCAAAGUUUCCUUGGGCACUUUCUUAAAAACUGAGCUAAUUGAUAUUAUAGGCUUAAGUUGGUAAGAUAUAAGAUAGUCUUCUAAAAAGGUGGUUUUUUGUAUGAAGUGAAGCUUUCAAAGGCAACCAUGUCCCAUCCUCCUGUAACUACUAAGUCAUGAUUAUUUUUGUUAAGAUUGUGGUUAAGCUUCUGCCUCUCCGCUGGGCCUCAGGUUGAAUGUUGCGAGAAGUUAGAUGCAGAGAGAAGAAAAUUCAGAUGUAGUUUGAAUAUUUUGAUAUAUUUUAUAUGCAUAUAAUAACUUCACUAACAUUCUCUGACUUUCUGGUUUACCAAUAAUUUUAUUCAGUAUUAUAUCAUAGAAGUCAAGUUUUGUAGGUUUCCUUUAUACACAAAACAUGUGAAAGAUUCCUUAUCAAACUGACGCUGAAUUAUGAUUAUGUAUGCAUACUCUUAAGUUAAAUCCAUCUUCACAAAAAAGCUCAAACAUGCUCUCAGAAUGCUGACAAAAAGAAAACUUUGUAUUAAUCCUAAACGGCACAAUGGUGUAAAUGACUUGCCAAUCUGUGCCUGCGUUUGCUGCUUAGCCACUCACAGCAACAAGUGGAAUUCCAUGUAAACUAAGAUAUAUAAAAAAAAUUCUCUUUAGGAACAAAGUUUAAUGCUGGAUUUCCAUGACAUCAGGAUUUGUGUUACUGUAGUACAUAAUGCUAUGGUGGUAUGAUACUCACAUGGGAGGAAGAAUAGUAUAUGUGUUUUGAGUCUCUGUGAAUAUAUAGUCCUAUCCCGAUAUUUAUGAGUACUGAAGGAUGUACAGUAAUUUAUUCCCUUCUGUUGGUGACAUGAAAUUUUGUGUCCCGCUUGAAGUCUGAGUGAGGAUGAGGAGGUGUAAUGUAUUCACAGGAAGACAACUAUGAUGCAACUGAAAGAAGUGAUAUACUGCAGGAAGUCAAGUGCCCUGUGUUUUCUACGAAGAUGUUUUAGCUUUUCUAUCAUUACAUUAUGCGUGGGGAGGUGUUGCCGGUGCAUGUCACUCAAAGGAAGUUUAAGAAAAUCUAUCCAAGUGAUUUCUCAAUGUACUGGAUUUUUUAUAUUUUCUUUGUUUUUAUUGUUCAUGUGACAUGUGGACCAUUAUGUCUUGAAGUAUGGGUUGAAAUUAUUUACUUGUGAUAAAGAUCCUGUUAAUUUUUCUUUGGUAAAUGUAAUUCAAUUUGAUAGUCACAAGCUAGACCAUCACUGUAGCAACAGUUCUAAAUAUCAAACUGCAAGUUAGUGAAAGGUAUUUACAAGUUACCUUACCCAACAAAUAAUAGGUCAAAAAGAGUACAGUUAGGUAACUUGUAUGCAUGUUCGUAAUGAAAACUUGAAAAUACA